AUGGCUACAGCUAAGCAGCAAGAGAACCGUAAGAAGUUCACUAAAGAGUAUAAGGUCAAGGAGAUCAAGAAGAGUUUGACUAGGAAGGCUAGGUUGAAGAAGGAGUAUUUGAAGGCGUUGCAUGAUGAGGGUUAUUCAGUUCCUGAGAAGCAACCUGGGUCUGGUGCUGGUGCUGGGGGUGCUCGUGAUUACAAGAGCAUAAAGGCUGCCAGAACAGAGGCUAAUAAGCAAAGAGCUAUUGAGAUGAAGGUGAUGAAGAGGGAGCGGAAGAUGGGGAAGAAGCAGCAUUUCGAGCAGAGUAGGAAGGAUGAGAUGGCUAACAUUGCGAUGUUGAAGCAGAAGGAGGUUGAUCGUGAGAAGAGGAAGAAGAAAAUGACUCAACGGACCAGAACUGGGCAACCAAAGAUGGGUCCAAAGAUCGAUGAUUUGUUGAGCAAGAUCAAGUCUGAUGAUACUUAUACAUUAUGA